AUGCUACCCCAUCGAUACACUCAAGCCGUCAUGACAGGCGAAAGUGCUGCUGGUCUGGUCAUUUCCAGUAAUCGAAUCUUGACCAAAGCCUUACUGCACAGCCAAAAAGUAAACACCAUCAUUUUUUUCACCAUGUCCAUGUCAAUUGUCUGCCUCUGCUUCAUCAUGUUCCACGUCGUCCGGCGCAGUGAUUUUGUACGUUACUACAUCAGCCAGUGUGAAUUGGCCGGCUUAGCCGAAGAGCAACGCGGAUUCGCCAAUCCUAAUCCAGCGUCUGGUCCAUACACAGAGGAAGUAAGCUUAGUAGAUAUUAUGGACCACAAUGCCCACAGAGGAAGCUAUGGUGUGUUGGUUAUCCAGAGUCCAACUUCAGCCAGUAUCCACCAAGAUUUUCUUGCGGGUUCCACGGUAACUACACCAACCACCCCAACUAACCCUGAGUUGAACCAUGCCACAGCAGCUGAACUGACCAAAAUUAAUGAACAAGAAGUCAAGUUCAAAGGUCAUGUAUAUAAAGUCCAGGUUCCCAAAGUCUCCACAGUCCGAAGGGCCUUAAUGUUACGAUGGGAGGCAACAAAACGUGUCUGGCCCUACAUGAUAUCUCUUGGGAUGGCAUAUUUCGUCACAUUGUUACUCUUCCCAGGAAUUGAAUCUCAAAUCGUCAGCUGUCGUCUAAAGAGUUGGACACCAGUCAUUUUAAUGGCCAUUUUUAAUUUGUUCGACUUUAUUGGAAAGAUCAUUGCUGCCAUUCCGUAUGACUGGCCCCGAGGUCGUCUGGUUCUUUUUACUUGUAUGCGGAUGCUACUCGUCCCUAUGAUGAUGAUGUGCGUCGUACCUCGCCACCGCCCCAUUCUAGAUGGAGAGGGUUAUGCUAUUUUGGCUUCUUUAUUGCUUGGAGUGACUAACGGCUAUUUUGGCAGUGUGCCCAUGAUCCUUGCUCCCAUGAAAGUGUCAGAUGAGAAAAAAGAAAUCACAGGCAACAUUAUGAUGUUCUCGUACAGUGUCGGGAUGACCACUGGUAGCAUCGGAGCCUAUCUUCUUGACGCUUUUAUUGGCCCUCGGUCUCUUGUUUCGGAAUGUGGUCAUACUGUGGCUCAUCACGCAGCUAACAUGGUUGCACCCCAGAUCCCUGCUCUACUUUCUCCUUUUAACUAUAGCAGCAUGGUAACUAACUAUAGCAGUGUGCCGAUGGUCUAA